AUGGCAUCGACAACCUCAUCAAAUAUCCCGCCUUCACCGCCGUCAGGCCUUAGGAAUCGUGGAUUGAACGAAAACGGCGCCAAAUCAACAGGAUCAAAUCUGAAUAGCAGCACACAUGACGCACGUAGUAAUGGAGUGUUGAAUCUACCUAUACUGGACGGAGAACAUACACCGCCAAAUGUGGCACUGUAUUCAGCUGCGUGUGGUCUUGUAGUGGGUAUAGGUGCUACCAUUGGGGUUUCAACGUCCGAUUCAGGUGCUAGUGGGAUUGGGUUUUUCAUAGCUGCAUUGGCUUGCUUUCAUUUAUUGGAGUAUUUACCUACUGCCAUGUAUCAUCCGGAUACUGUUGGGUUGAAAUCAUUCCUUUUUAAUCAUUCGCCGAGCUUUAAUGUUGCCAUGAUCUCCAGUGUGAUCGAAUACUUGGUGGAAUGGAGGUUGUGUCCUUGGCUCAAACAUUACAGCUCCCUCACACGAAUCGGCCUCAUCCUCGUAAUCCUAUCACAAGCUCUCCGAACAACAGCAAUGAUAACCGCAUCAUCAAACUUCACCCAUCUCAUACGUGACGAGAAACGGCCUGAGCACAUCCUCGUAAAACACGGAGUCUAUUCCAUCCUCAGGCACCCUUCAUACACGGGCUUCUUUUACUGGGGUAUUGGCCUGCAAAUCAUGAUGUGUAAUCCAAUAUGUCUUGUGGGAUAUGCUGUCGCGCUAUGGAAGUUUUUCAGUGAUCGUAUAGCUUAUGAAGAGUUUACGUUGGCAAGAUUCUUUGGGCACGAGUAUAUCGAGUAUAAGAAGAGGACUAUUACGGCCAUACCGUUUAUUCAGUAG